GGAAGGGGUGGAGAAUUAGCCGGGGAGGGGAGGUAGAGGAAAGAGAGAGAGAGAGGGUGGUAUAAAGACGGAGCCCUGAGCUGGGACGGACACAGCCCAGCUCGAAGACAGUGCGGGAAGCUGGGGGGAAGUUUGGCAAAGUUUUGCAGCGACUGUUGUGUUGGGCGACGGAGCGGAGAGGCACCGGAGGCGGCGGCUGGUUGAUUAUUUGGAUGCUCCCACUCAGGCCCACUCACUCUCAACUCCGCCAUGAGUGAAAUUGCCAUUGACCAGUCCAAUCUACCUCGGGUCCGAGAAGUGUGCCGCGGCUUUGCAGUCUUGGAGGACAGCGCCCUGGCGCACAACCUUCAGGAGCAAGAGAUUGAACAGCACUACGCCUCGAACAUCGAGAAGAGCAAGCUGGUGCGGCGGGACGUGCACGUGGCCAAGAGGCUGCAGGAUGAGGAGGAGAUGGAGGCCCAGCACUACAGCCGGGAGGAGCAGCAGCAGAUUGAGGAGCUGGACUCGCAGUACGCCAGAGUUGUUCAGGAGGAGAUCCAGAAGCGGGUUGUGGAGCGUCAGCAACGCGAGGCCCAGGACAAGGAAGUGGCCAGGAGGUUGCAGGAGGAGGAGGAGCUGAGGAACCAGAGAGGACUCACACCAGAGGCUGAGGUGUACGGGGCCAGAGAGGAGGCACACCGGCAGAAGGCAGGGAAGAGGCAGUGGCGUGGGCAGGAGGUGAACUCCCUGGACAGGAAGGUGGCGGAGCUGAGUAUCGGCGAUACCUGCAGCGCAAGUGAGGAACAGCUUGAGAGGGACGAAGCAUUGGCUCGUCUCCUCCAGGAGGAGGAGGAAGUGAGGAUGGUUCAGCAGAAAUCGAAGAGCCAAAAGAACCAGGAAGAGGACUUCCGCACAGCACAGGUGGCCCAGGAUGAGGAAAUCGCCCGCUACAUCCAGAGGCAGGAGCUGAAAGCCCACAAACAGUCCAAGGGGCUGGGGAGAGCAUGUUCCGACGACAGUAACGAUUCCUCGGGCAUGUGUGAGAGACGGAGCCGGGCGGACAUGUCGCGGCAGGAGCGGCUGAACUCGGAAGGACUCCCGAGCCCCGGCAGCGAGCGGAGUGCGGAGAAGCGGGGCCCACCCACGGAACCGCGGCAAGAGCCGCUGCCCAGGUCCACGUUUCCCAGGAACAUCGCCGAGGAACUCGACCCAACCUUCAAACCCAGAACCGCCCAGAGACCGCCUGCCUCCCUCCCGCCCAUCCCACCAGCGUUGCCGCCCUCACGGGCCGAGCCGCCGGACAAUUUCUACCACUACCCGGACGAGCCUGCGGUGCCCGUCUUUGUAGCACCCACCCGGCGGCGGGAGGAGCGCUUGUUGCAGCAGAAGUCCAAGGAGAAGAAGGAAGGAUGCAAGCAGCAGUGAAAGGCGUCCGCGCCCUGAAUCGUCAGCUAGGCGGCUGUCACACGCGUGUGCACACAUGUCCCACACACACACACACACACACACACAUACAUAUACACACACACACACACACACACACACACAUAGUGCACACAUGUCCCACACACACAUGUC